AUGACCGCAGAUGUAUGCAGCCGACACUUCCGGCGGUUCCAUUACCCCAAGGCCAGUGGGCCCCGAGAGGUUUGCAGCCAGCUCCAUGGACUCUGCAACCAAUGGCUGAAGCCGGAGAGGCACACCAAGAAGCAGAUCCUGGACCUGGUGAUCCUGGAGCAGUUCCUGGCUGUCCUGCCCCUGGAGAUGGAGAGUUGGGUCAGAGAAUGUGGGCCGGAGACCAGUUCCCAGGCGGUGGACCUGGCAGAAGGUUUCCUUCUGAGCCAGGCAGAGGAAAAGAGACAGGCAGAGCAGCGUCCCUUUUCCUUUGAGGAGGUGGCUGUGCACUUCACCGAGGCAGAGUGGGCGCUCCUGGACCCGGACCAAAGAGCUCUCUACAGGGAAGUCAUGCUGGAGAACUAUGGGAGCGUGGCCGGGGGUCGGGAGAAGCCCACCCGGAGCACCCGGGGGGCUCCUAGGAGCCACGGAGGCAGCGGCGAGACGCGACGCGUCCGCCCGACUCAACGCCGGGAUGAUUGUGGAAAUGAGGAGGAUGAGGAAUUACAUCAUCUUUUGCCAGAUGAAGUCAAGAAUGAAGAUUUGAGAGGAACUCAAGGCAGACCCAAGAGGCAGAAAGGAAGCCACAUAGUGGAGAAGAGGGAUCAACCCAUUCCUUUCCAAGGGGUGGAUUUCUGUGAAGCAAUUCACAUGGUGGAGAAAAUGUACAAGUGCUUGAAGUGUGGAACUAUCUUCUCAGAUGAAAGCCAAUAUAAUGUCCAUUUGCAAAUGCAGAGUGGAAAGAAGACCCAUCAAGGCUUGGAGUGUGGAAAAAGCUUCCUUUGCAGAGCAGAGGUCCUGAAACAUCAACAGACACAUGCAGGAGAGAAACAUCAUAGUUUCUCAAACUGUGGUAAGAGUUUCUCAGAGAAAUCCGACCUUGGAAGUCUUCAGCAACAUCAAAGAAACCACACAGGGGAGAAAUCUUUUGAAUGCUCAGAGUGUGGGAAGAGUUUCCGUCACAGACAUAGUAUUACAAAGCACCAAAGAAUCCACACAGGGGAGAAACCUUUUGAAUGUUCUGAGUGUGGGAAGCGAUUGUGUGACAGGAGCAAUUUUCUACGGCACCUAAGAACCCACACAGGGGAGAAGCCUUUUGAAUGCUUGGAGUGUGGAAAGAAAUUCAGUCAUCUUGUCAGUCUUCAAAAACAUCAAAGAACCCACAUAAAUGAGAAACCUUUUGAGUGCUCAGAGUGUGGGAAGAGAUUCAAUGGGGCUGACAGUCUUCAGCGUCAUAAAGGAACCCAUAGAGGAGAAAAACCUUUUGAAUGUUCAGAGUGUGGAAAGAAAUUCAGUUGGAGUGGAACUCUUCAACUGCACCAAAGAACCCACACAGGGGAAAAACCGUAUGAAUGCUCAGAGUGUGGGAAGAAAUAUAGUCAGAGUUGUGUUCUUCAAAUCCAUCUGAGAACCCACACUGGUGAAAAACCAUUUGAAUGCUCAGUGUGUGGAAAGCGAUUCAGUCAGAGUGGCCAUCUCCUGGUGCAUCAAAGAACCCACACAGGGGAGAAACCUUUUGAAUGCUCAGAAUGUGGAAAGAGAUUCAGCCGGAGUGGCCAUCUUCAGCAGCAUUUAAGAACUCAUAUAGGGGAGAAACAUUUUGAGUGCUCAGAGUGUGGAAAGAGAUUCAGUCUGCGUGGCGACCUCCUACUGCAUCAAGGAACCCACACAGGGGAGAAACCUUUUGAAUGCUCAGAAUGCGGAAAGAGAUUCAGUCAGAAUGGCACUCUUCAACUGCAUCAAAGAACCCACACAGGGGAGAAACCUUUUGAAUGCUCAGAAUGUGGAAAGAGAUUCAGUCAGCGUGGCCAUCUUCAGAAGCAUUUAAGAACUCACACAGGGGAGAAACCUUUUCAGUGUUCAGAGUGUGGAAAGAGAUUCAGUGAGAGUAACCAUCUUCUAGUGCAUCAAAGAACCCACACAGGGGAGAAACCUUUUGAAUGUUCAGAAUGUGGAAAGAGAUUGUAUGACAGUAGCAGUCUUCAACGUCAUCUAAGAACCCACACAAAUGAGAAACCAUUUGAAUGCUCAGAGUGUGGAAAGAGAUUCAGUCAGAAUGGCACUCUUCAACUGCAUCAAAGAACCCACACAGGGGAGAAACCCUUUGAAUGUUCAGAGUGUGGUAAGAGAUUCAGUCAGAGCAGCCAUCUUCACAAGCAUUUAAGAACUCACAGAAAGGAGAAACCUCUUGAGUAA